AUGCAGCACUACGGAGUGAAUGGAUAUUCUCUCCACGCCAUGAACUCACUAAAUGCCAUGUACAAUCUUCACCAGCAGGCGGCGCAGCAUGCCCAGCACGCGCCCGACUACCGGCCGUCCGUGCACGCGCUCACGCUGGCAGAGAGACUGGCUGACAUAAUCCUCGAGGCCCGGUAUGGCUCCCAGCACAGGAAGCAGCGGCGCAGUCGCACAGCCUUCACUGCCCAGCAGCUGGAGGCCCUGGAAAAGACCUUCCAGAAGACCCACUACCCUGACGUGGUGAUGCGCGAACGCCUGGCCAUGUGUACCAACUUACCAGAGGCCCGUGUGCAGGUGUGGUUCAAGAACCGCCGCGCCAAGUUCCGCAAGAAGCAGCGCAGCCUGCAGAAGGAGCAGCUCCAGAAACAGAAGGAGGCCAACAGAGAGGGAGGUGACGAGGAAGAGGUCAAGACCACCGACCCUUCCACCCAGACAUCUCCAUCCUCCCUCUCGGAGACCAUGCGGCCCCAGCCUGCGGAGAUGAGUGUGGAGGUGAACGUCACCUCCCCGGAGGCCUCGGACAGCGAGUCGGCUGCAGAGGACAACGGUGAAGGAGAUGAGGAGCUGAUGUGGGAGAGGCUGCAGGAUACUCAGCAGCAUCAGGGGGAGGUGCAGCAGGGGGGUGCAGGGCUGCAGCCGGGAGGAAGAUCUCCAUCCUGCAAACGCUUCAGCCCCACACCAGACUCUCCCCUGGGCUCUCCCUCCCUCCCAUCCUCUAGCGGUGGCGUGGGCAGCAGUUGUGUGUCCCAAGGCUCCUAUGCCUCGUCCCCCCUCAGCCUCUUCCGUCUGCAGGAGCAGUUCCGCCAGCACAUGGCUGCAACCAACAACAUGGUCCACUACCCCUCCUUCGACAUGGGUACCCCCUCCUCACUGCCCUACCUGGGCAUGAACGUCAACAUGCCCUCCCCCCUGGGCUCUCUGCCCUGCCAAUCCUACUACCAGUCCCUGUCCCAGGCGUCCAUGUCCCAAGUGUCCAUGUCCCAGGCCCAGCAGGUGUGGAACAGCCCCUUGACGGGUCUCCACGCCCCUCCGAGCAGCCUACCCAGCCUCAACAGCAAGACCACCAGCAUCGAGAACCUGCGUCUGAGGGCCAAGCAGCACGCUGCCUCCCUGGGCCUGGACAUGCUACCCAAUUGA